AUGGUAGGCAUAGAUACUGGCUAUAUCAGUGGCAUUGCUUAUCGAUUUUCUUUUUUCAUAAUCAACACUAAGUAAAACUCAUUCCCAUUAAAAUUUCCAGGAUUCAAAUACGAUUUCACUACUUAUGAUGGAACCAAUAACAGGAUAGUAAAUUCAAAUAGCAUUGGAACUUGGGAUCUCUAAUAUUCUAAUUCCUAUGCCGAUACAUCUUAAGACAGAUUUCAAGUCUAUGUUGACCCAAAUUUUGGAAUGUAAUAUGCUGGUCAAAGAUCAUUCCAUGACCACACAGGAACAUAAUUUAUCAAUCAUCCUGAUUUCUUUUAUCAUAUGUGGUUUUACACUUGCAGUACUGAUAGCUUUGUGCUGUUCACUAUUCAGGAGAGGGAUGGACCGUCAGAUGUCACAGACAGUGACUUUAACUUUUUAUCUAUAGGAGUAUAGGGAGAUGGAUACAUUUACAUCGAAAUGAGAUUAGUUGACAAUGAAGUGGUAGUAGCACUUAAAGAGAAGACUACUACCUUAUAAGUAAGAGCUGGAUGGAAUUAUAUAGCUAUCGAUGUUAGUCAUAUAUACGAGUUCUCAUAUGUAAAUAUGUAUCAUAGAUCAGAAUAUACAACUGCUUCUCCUUACUAUUCAAAAUACUACACAUUCUUUCGAGGCUUCUACUCUGAAUCAGAGGAUGAUGAAGUAAGUAAAGAUGUUGUUGUAGUUUUUGGUUGUAAAGAUUAUAUCACUUACGACACAGCAAUUCCUGAUGAAUCUGUAUAUGGCUUAUGUAUGCGUGGAUGGAUCUAGUAUGCUGAACUGUGGACUUCUAGCUCAAGUGUGUGGACUAGCUCGACAGCAAGAGAAACAGCAAUCACAGGUUAUAUAGAUUGUACUGGAACUCACAGAUUCUGUAACAAUAGAUUCGGAACUGUAAAAUAUCUUGAUAAUACAUUUGCAAUAACUGCGACUCAAAUGCUAAUAUUCGACAGCUCAACUGCUACUCUUGCCAGCAAUAUAGUAAAAUCGCCUGCAAGCUCUUAUUACACUUGCAAUAUUGAUUUAUCUACGGAUACCAAGACAUACAAGCCAUUUUAUUAGCCAAGCAUUGGAAGGAUCACAACGAAUGAGACUAAUUAUUUUAAGUGCACAUUAAGUAGAGUGACUGCGACUAGUUGGAUAUCAUUCUUUCCAGCUAUGUUUACAAUGGAAGCAUGGUUUAGACUUGAUCCUAUUGAUCUAAGACCAGAUGGAUAUAUCUCCCAGGUGUUUGCUCUCUAUGACAAUACUGCAAAAGAUUAUAGACUUGGAUUUGGAAUAUCUAACACAUUUCUACGUAUUUAUAUAGAUGAUACAAUUCAUGAUUUACACUAUCUUUUCAAUGAAACUACUGAUUACUGGCAUUACGUGGCUGUAAGCUAUACUAGAUUAUUUGAAAGAGAAACUAGAAUUCAGGUAUUUUUAGAUAACAUAAGUGUGUUGACAACAAGGAUUUUUGACUGGUAUAUAUUCUAGCCAGAUUAAACUCAUGAAAUUCACAUAGCCAAUAAUUUUCCAGGAAUUGUAAGAAAAACCAAGAUGAAUGCAAGGCCUUACUGUUUAAAUGAUAAAAGUCUAUGGAUAAAUGUAGACUCGACAAAAUGUGUAAAGAAAGGAGCUACGGGUUGUACGUUCUGUGAUACAGAUGAGACAGGAGUGACUGCAGGUACUUAUAAUUGUUUCUACAAUUGCUAUGAUUUUGGAUACUACAUAAGUGGUACCUCAUGCACAGAAUGUCAUGAUGGUUGUAGAUAUUGCAAAUCAGCUGCAACUAGUUCUGAUUGCUAUCUUUGCAACUAAACAUCCCUUUUUCACAAAGAUUAUACUAAAACAGCAACUACUGAUGUAGCCACAAUAAAAAAUGCAGAUAGAAUAACUUGCAUUUGUUCUCUUGGUACAAUCACAAUGGGAGGUGGAGAUCUAUGCAUGAAAUGUGAUGAGAGGUGUGCAGUCUGCACCGACAUUUUAAACCUUAAUUGCGAUAUGUGUGCUGAUGGGGCUUAUAAAGUAUAUAAGGGAAAAUGCGAGUACAAAUGCCCUGAAAAUUAUGAGAAGGAUGAUGAAAAUAGAAUAUGCAACUAUGACAAAACUAAACUUUUAAAGCCUGAACUUCCCCAAGACCCAUAAGGUUGUAUCGAUGGGUAUUAUUGGGAUUGGGCUAAAAUGAACUGUACAUAAUGCUAUAGUUUAUGUAGAACUUGUGAAUUCAAAUCACCAUUAUGCACUUCAUGUCCAAUCGGUAGAUAUCUUACAACCGAAUAGAAUUGUGAAAAAUGUGAAUCAUUCUGGAACAAUGCAAUGAUGGUAGGGACAAAUGGUAUGUGCGUCGAAACUUGUGGUGAUGGCUAUAGAUUUAGUCUGACUGGAUGUGAUGAUGGGAAUACGAAGGAUGGAGAUGGAUGUUCUAGCCAAUGUAUCCCAGAAGAUGGAUACUAAUGUUUUGGUGGUGAUCCAAACAAAAAAGAUACUUGUCUCUACAUACCAACAGAACUUGUUGGGGCAUAUGUAAAUGAGUUUAAUGAUGUCAUACUUAACUUUAGUAGACCUAUAAAUCUAACGAGUGGAACUUUGACAAUUAAAGAUCUAAGGUUAUUUAUUAGAGAUUCAACUGGCAAUUUUAAAGAUAUCGAUUAUAAGGUCAAACUAUUCAAUCUUCCGUCAAAUUAUUUGUAUCUCUACACUAUAUUUAAGGAUGAUGUAAUAGGUGGUGCAUAUUAUGAUCAAAUAAUGAGGAUAGAGUACUAAAAUACUAAGACUAUAAUAGAUAUCAACAAGAAAGAAGUUAAAAAAUCAACAUAUGCUCGAGUUUGGCUUUACACUUAUAAAUUCUUCCCUGAGAUAGAGAGAUCAGAUGCCGAACUUUAUGGGAAACUCUCAUUAGGCUUUGUAUUCUCAGCAAUAGCUUUUUGGAUGACAAUAGCUGAAUUUACUAAGAAGUCAGUAUUACCAGCAGUAUUCGUACUCUUAGCCUUUUAACAAAUAUUUUACAUCGGAUGUUAGGAUCUAUAUCUCGACUAAAAGACUAGCUAUUUCUUUUCAUUUUUUAGAAUCUUCAGACUCGAGCAUACUAAACUUCAAAAUUACUUUAUCCAAAAUAAUUGGAUAGAAGUAUCCUAUUAUUUCAAAAGAAUCUUUAACAAUAACUUUUACUUCCUUGGAGAAGUCGAAAUGCUGGGUUUUCUUCUUAACAAUAGCAUUAAAAUUUAUUCGCUAUACAUUUACUUCUUUUUCAUGCCUCUAGUUCUGAUUAUAGACUUCAUUUUUACUCAGUGUAUUAGCCAAAAAAGGUUGCUAUGGUUCAAUAAAUAUAUAGCUAAAUAGUACUUCUUUAGUGGGCCACUACUAAUGACAUUCAUAUUUUGCUAUCCAAUGAGUGUUACAACAUUUCUUGAAAUAAGGACUAUGACAACUAAAAAUGAAUACUAAAUGUACUCAUUAGUAGUGAGCUUCUUCAUAGCAUUUAUGUUGUUUUUAGUCUGGUUGUGCUCUUGGUUGGUAGUGGUUCUUCACUAUAAAUAUAGAGGUCAUUCUUUGCUCAUAGAUAAAUACAGUUUUCUCUACAAAAAUGUGAAAAAUUAUUCUUUUCUUCUUUAGAUCUGUAUACCUUUCUUAAUUACAAGAAGACUUGCCUCAUCAAUCAUUUUAGCUGUUUUGGUAAAGUAUACACUAGGACCAUUAGUGAUAUAGGCGUUCCUAUGCGCAGCUGUAAACACUUAUAAAUUUAUUUAUCUAUAGGUUAUUGUAUACUUGCUAGUGUUUAGAUCUUUUAAACAAACAAUAACGAAUGCAAUCGUUAUAGGCACAGAACUCUUGAUUGGCAUAUUAAAUUUUGAGUGUUUGCUAUUUUCUGACUAUGGAUCCGAUAAGUCUAUGAUUGGUGAGAUUAAUACUCUUAACUUUUGA